AGGUUGGAUGACUUGUUAGCUGGGGCUGUGAUGGAGUCGGAUUGGGAUGUGCUGAGAGCGGGGAGGGUUACCGCCACGUGCCUGCUGCUGUGGGCGACUUGGGGGGCGAGCUACACAGUCUAUGUUUACCUGCUGCAGGCACGCCGGGGCAAGCCCUGGCUCCGGGCGCACAGAGCCUGGGCAGUGGUGACAGGAGCCACCAACGGCAUCAGCAAGGCUUAUGCACAUGAGCUCGCCGGGAGAGGUCUGAACAUCGUCCUCAUCAGUCGAGACCUGAGCAAGUUGGAGCACGAGGCAAAGGCGAUAGAGAGGCUUCAUGGCAAAAGCACACGAGUCAUCCAGGUGGAUUUCACCGGAGGCUUGGAGAUCUACGAGGCCAUUGCGGCAGGACUGAAGGACCUGGAGAUCGGAGUACUGAUAAAUAGUGUGGGCAAGCAAUACGUACCUGGCUUGAGGAAACUGCUCGACUGUGAGGACUUCGCCAAGUGAAAAUUCUUGGAUGUUAUAAACUGCAACAUGAUGUCUGUGACAGGGUCCUCUCCAUUCCUCCUGCAGAUGACUAGGAUCGUCCUGCCCCAAAUGGUCACCAGGGGCAAAGGUAUCCUCAUCAACAUAUCUUCAGUAACUGACACUCUUGGCCCUGGGACCCUCCCUCCCUCUCCUUCUCCGCAGGCUUUUGUGCGAAGUUUCUCCGUGGCAGUGGGCGCAGAGUACCACUCCGAGGGGGUCACUGUGCAAACAGUAAGCCCCUUUUUGGUUGAAACAAAUCCCUUGAAAAGCGGGCUGCUCGUGGUGAGUCCCGAGGACUUCGCUUGGCAGGCGUUGGACACACUUGGCCUCACCUCCCAAACCCCUGAGUGCCUCCUCCACGCUGUGCAGGGUUUCCUGCUGACCAUCUUCCUGCCCAGUUGGUUUUUUCUCAGUCGCUGGGGAUUAAAGCUUUUAUCUCUGUUGGUGAGCUGGAAUAGGGCACGGUUUCUUCGUCACAGAACUUGACUGAAGGCCUUGAAGAGGCGUGGCCACAUGUCCGUCGUUCCCCACCCCCACCCCCGCCCCCUCCAGAAUCCUAGGCCAGGGCUGUAGUUAGCAAAGAAUUCCCACACAUCGAGACAG